AUGAAGCAACGAGCCGUGACUGCCCCGGGCCUCUUGCUGGGCGCCACAGUCUCGCAAGGCUUCCAGACUGCAGAUGACUGCAAGGCUCUUGCCGGCAAACUCCAGUUCCCCAACACCACCAUCCUGAGCACCAGCUUUGUGCAGGCCGGCACAAACCUCACCUACCCCAACAACGACCCAACUUGUCUUCGGUCCCAGGUCUCAACCUCGCCCAUCUGCCGCGUCCAGCUCUUCACCACAACCAGCCCAAUCAGCAACGUCACCCUCGAGGCCUGGCUGCCCUUGCAGUCCGCAUGGUCCGGCCGCCUGCUCGGCACCGGCAACGGCGGCCUGGGCGGCUGCAUCAAAUACGAUGAUCUCAACUACGCAGCCAAGAACGGCUUCGCCGCCAUCGGCACCAACAACGGCCACAACGGCAACCAGGGCAAGUCAUUCUACAAGAACCUUGAGGUGUGGGAGGACUACGUCUCGCGUGCGGUCCACCUCGAAGCCGGCAUGGGCAAGUCCCUCGUCCAGCAGGCCUACGGAAAGCCACACACAAAGGCGUACUACAUGGGCUGCUCGACCGGCGGGCGCCAGGGGUUCAAGGAAGCCCAGCGGUACCCGGGGGACUUUGACGGCAUCCUCGCGGGCGCGCCGGCCAUCGACCUCAACGCGCUGCAGUACGCCACGGCCAGCGCGUACAAGAUCCUCGGGCCCAAGGGGGAGCCGACCUGGCUGACCCCGGCGCAGUGGGAGCUCGUGUACGCCGACGUCAACGCGCUCUGCGACGAGCUCGACGGCGCAAAGGACGGGAUCCUCGAAGACCCGACCAUGUGCAAGAACUACCAGCCUGAGCGCCUGCUCUGCGGGCCGGGCGAGACCGCCGCAAGCAACAAGUGUAUCACCCCAGUCCAGGCGGCUGCCGUGCGCAGCAUCUACUCAGACAUCUACGGGACCAACGGGACCUUCAUAUACCCCCGCAUGACGCCCGGCGCGAAUGCCACGAGCAGCGCGUUCAACGGCUCGCCGCCCCCGUACCCGGUCGACGGCUGGAAGUAUGUCUACGCGGACCCCUCGUGGGACAUCAACAAGUUGAACCCCACCGACAUGGACACUGCGCGGGCCUUUGACGAGUCUACCGGCCUCGACGCCGCUACUUUCCAGGGGGACUUGUCCGCCGCCCGGGACGCGGGCGUCAAGAUCCUGCACUGGCACGGCCAGGCGGACCCGAUCAUCAGCAGCGACAACUCGGUGCGGUACUACAACCACGUCGCCAACACCAUGAACGCGCGGGUGCAGGAGCUGGACCAGUUCUACCGCUUCUUUCGGGUCUCCGGGACGGCGCACUGCAACCCGGGGCUCGGCGCCAGUCUGGUUGGUGGUGGAGCGAAUACCGCCACGGCCUUUGAGCCCGCGGAUGGGAACAUGCUGGCGAGCUUGGUGCGAUGGGUGGAGAAGGGCGUCGCGCCGGAGUAUAUCCUGGGGAAGAAGCUGGGUGGGGGGCCUGAUGGGAGCAAGGUUGUGCUGCAGAGGAGGCAUUGCAAGUAUCCCAAGAGGAAUGUGCACAAGGGCCCAGGGCCGAUCGAGGAUGCCAACAGCUGGCGGUGUGUCUGAGUGGUUAUGUUGGCGGAGCAGGAUAUGUGCCCAAUCCCGUAAAAAUCAGAAAACGACCUGGGCGUA